UGAUAACGAGGUAGACAUUCGCCGAGCGUUUCUCAGACUUCCAAUUUCACAAUAACAAGUCUGCAAUACUAAAAACAAUCAGCAAUUGGAUUUUUCAAGCGUUUUAACUUGGAAACGUGUUUACGUGUGUUUUGAUUUGUCUUUGACUGAUACGAUUGGAAAUCUUUCCUCAUUUGUUUGUCUUUCGAAGCAUUUCUUGUCUUUUUCUUCUCCUUUUGAAGUAAAAAAAACACCUUUUAUUUCUAGUCUUCCAUUUCGCCACAUACUUACAGAUACAAAAUGGCUUAUCAAACUCGUCAAGGAUUGCCUGACGGUUGGGUCGCACAAUGGGAUCCUCGCUAUGAGCGUUACUUUUACGUUGAUGAAAAAGCUUCCAAGCCUCAACCUCAAUGGGAAUGUCCCGUACCCAACUUAAAUAUACCUCCUCCCCCGAGUAAGGAACACUCUGCCCCUCCAACGGAACCCCCUCCACCUUAUGCUCAUCCUACUACCGGAGGCCCUUCUCCAUCUCCUGCUGCAUCUGGUUCUGGAGACAGAGGAAUUUUUAGCCGUCUUCAUCAUGGACACCAGAACAACCAACAACCUUACUACGGUGGCCAACCUGGAUAUGGGGGCUAUCCUCCUUAUGGCGCUGGCCCAGGCCCUGGUUAUGCUGCUGGUCCUCCCGGUCCGGGUUAUGGCUAUGCUCCUGCUGCUGGAUACGGUGGCCGUUCCGGUAGAUUUGGAGGAGGCGGCGGUGGCCUUUUAUCCAAUCCCAUGGUGACUGGUCUCGGUGGUCUGGCAGCUGGUGGUUUAGCAAUGCAUGCUUUUGAUGAUGCCUUUGAUCAUAAUGAUACCGUGGUAGAAAACAACUACUAUGGUGAUGAUGGAUAUGAUGGUGGUGGUGGUGAUUUUGGAGGUGGUGAUUAUGACAAUAAUGACUUUGAUGGAGGUUUCUUUUAAUCGACUAUUAUGCAACAAAGUUCUGCUCCUUCUCCAAUUUGCCAUGAUACUUUUUGAUGUGAUUAUGAAGCGAAACAUCUGGAGAUCGUGUGAUCUUUCUCACCAUGUCUGAUGUUUGCUGUCCCAAUGAAUAAUGAAUUCUCUUUUCUUUCAUAGUCUAUGUGAAGUGAAGCAAAGAAAUCGAAAUGUUCUUGAUUAACUGUCGUUGAUGUGAAUAAGCUUGGAUUUUUUGCUUUUCCAAUUUUUGUCAAUGUAGCCUCCUAGUUCGUUUAUUUUAUAAUGAGAUAAAGAUGGAGAAUUUUAAUUGUUACAGACAAGUAGCUUCAACUUUUCGUCAGCAUUCUAUGUAAGAUUUUUCCAACUCCUUCCAUACAGAGAAGCAUCAAGACAUCAUUUCAUUCCUUUCGAUUAUCUUGUUCUACAGUUUCUAU